UUUUAGCCAGGCUGCGCUCAGCAUCUAGGGUUUCACUUUCAAUACCGGUAUAUAUAUCGCAAUUAAAGGUUAUAGCUAUCUGAAUUCCGUUUACGGGGCCGAAGAAGUAAACCCUUGGGAUCUCUCGUGUAGAGGCGUGAAAUGGCGGCAGUUCCAGGGCAGCUGAUAUGGGAGAUAGUGAAGAAGAACAGUUCGUUUCUUGUGAAGGAGUUCGGUAAUGGAACUGCGAGUGUGCAGUUCAGCAGAGAGAGCAACAAUCUCUACAAUCUAAACUCCUACAAGCACUCUGGAUUAGCAAACAAGAAAACUGUAUCCAUCCAACCAGGAGGCAAAGAUCAAUCUGUGGUGCUUGCGACUACCAAGACCAAGAAACAAAGCAAACCUGCGGCUUUGCUUCACAAGUGUGUCAUGAAGAAGGAGUUCAAUCGCAUGGCUAAGGCAGUUUCCAACCAGGUGGCAGAUAAUUAUUACAGGCCAGAUCUGAAGAAGGCAGCCCUUGCAAGGUUGAGCGUGGUGAACAGGAGCCUUAAGGUUACCAAGUCCGGUGUCAAGAAGAGGAACAGGCAGGCCAGUAGGAUCCAUGGUAGGAAAUGAAGUAGGGAGUGAUGUUUUUCAUGCUGUGCUUCUUUUCCCAUCUUUUUUGGACAACCAAAAGUUUUUGUUCUUAUUGAAGACUUUUAUUUUUGUCUUUUAUUGGGUUGCAUAAUAUCUGGUUUUAAACCUGGGUUGCAUAAUAUCUGGUUUUAAACCAAAGAGAUAUAACAGUAUGGUUUUUUGCACACUUCCUUUUUGCAUUAAUAUGUAGUGAGUAUUUGAAUUUAAUGUCAUAAAUAUAAUUAAUUUUGGUA